CUCAGCGCAGCUGUUGAUGGGGAGCUGCUGUCAGAGCUAGCAUAGCCGUUAUUCGCCGGUUAGCUCCCACCGGGAGGGUUGUAAAGGUAAACGAUGGCGGGUGUGCAUCCUCAGGACGACCUGCUGAAAAUGACACACAGAGAGAACUGGAGGGUGCAGCAUGAGCGUAUGCAUGAGAGGCACAGAGGUCAUGAGGCCAUGCACGCUGAGAUGGUCCUGAUCCUCAUCGCCACGCUGGUGGUGGCUCAGAUCGUCCUGGUCCAGUGGAAGCAGCGGCACCACCGCUCAUACAAUCUGGUGACUCUGGUCCAGAUGUGGGUGGUUCCUCUUUACUUCACCAUUAAACUCUACUGGUGGAGGUUUCUGUCCAUGUGGGGCAUGUUCUCCGUCGUCACCAGCUACGUCAUCUUCAGAGCCACUCGUAAACCGCUGUCCUGCAGAACGCCGAGGAUGGUUUAUAAAUGGUUCCUGCUGAUCUAUAAGCUCAGCUAUGCGGUGGGUGUUCUGGGCUACCUGGCCAUCAUGUUCACCAUGUUUGGCUUCAACGUCUUCUUCAGGAUCAAGGCAGAGGACUCAAUGGAUGUGGGUGUAAUCAUGCUGUUUUAUGGACUUUACUAUGGCGUCAUGGGUAGAGACUUUGCUGAAAUCUGCUCCGACUAUAUGGCCUCAACGAUUGGGUAUUACAACAAGGGAGGCAUGCCCAGCCGGAGUCUGACCAACGACAUCUGUGCCGUCUGCGGUCAGAGGAUCCUCGUGGACGUGGAGGAGGAAGGAUUCAUAGAAGACACCUAUCAGCUCUCCUGUGGACACAUAUUCCACGAGUUCUGCAUCCGGGGUUGGUGCAUCGUAGGUAAGAAGCAAACGUGUCCAUACUGCAACGAAAAGGUUGAUCUGAAGAGGAUGAUGAACAACCCAUGGGAGAAGACACACGUCCUGUAUGGGCAACUGCUGGACUGGCUCAGAUACCUGGUUGCCUGGCAGCCCAUCAUCAUUGGUAUCGUUCAUGGGAUUAACUUCACCCUGGGCCUUAAAUAGACCCCGAGGAACCUCACUGUAGCUAGAACGAACUAAAAUUGCAAAACGUGCCAAACAUUUUUGGCAGAAUGUGUCAAAGUCAGCCCUCCAAGGAGCUGGUUUGGACUGCUUGUGAGGAUUUUUGCUUUCUCAGUACAUGCUGUUGCGUUCAGAGGACACUGAUGCUGCUGCUAACUUUUACAAAACAUACCGAAGCACAGACCCAGUACUGAUCAUUUCACAACAUUUAACAUGGAUGUGAAUAGCUUGUAUGAGCUGAUAUGCAUGGUUUUAUUGAGGAAAGUCAGCGCUUUACUUUGGACGUUUUCAUUAAAAAAUGCUUUUUUAUACAAGCUUUUUAUACACUCCUAACACCUGAUUUGGAAAGCGGCAAAAAGUACAAUUCUCUCCAACAGUUGACAUUUCAUCUUAUUUAUAUAAUUUCCCUUUGAAUGUUAGUCCUGUUCUUAAAUUUUGUGUUAUGCUUAAGAUUGGAUAUUGAAUAUAGGUCAACCUGUUGUUGAAUUUGGGGAUAACAUUUCAGUGCCACUCUCCCUGAAGCUGAUGCGCCGAAAUUUAAAGAAUGCCUUUUUGGACUACAUUUUCAAAACUUGGAGAUAAAGAGUGGAGGAAAAGACAUUUAGAAUGCUCUUGCAUUUGCUGAACCUGCAACAUGGCGGCAUAUGCCCAAGACUACGGUUGACAAACUCCAAACCCCCAGAAACAGAAUAUGGACAUAUCAUCCUGCACUGCAUUGCUCAAACAGAAGACAUACUCUUUUCCCAAAUCAACUUGUUGCUUUUGGUUCAAGACUGCUGCUUAUAUUAACUUUGUAUUUAUUAAAUAUUCUAAAAUCCUCAA